AUGGGGCAAAACCCAACUUGUCUUGCUUUUUUUGAACUCUACUUUCCAAAUGAACUUGUAACUUUGUUAGUUGUAGAAACUAAUGGGUAUGCAAGUCAAUUUUUUACUGCCAACCCAGAUAACUCUUCUUUGUGGGAGGAAACUAAUGUUGCAGAAAUUAAAACCUUUAUUGCUGUCAUUCUUUUAAUAGGAGUUAUUUAUAAAGCCAAACUUAGUAUGUAUUGGUCAAAAGAUGUAUUGUAUAAUACUCCAAUUUUUUCAGAAGUUAAUAGUCGAAAUCGUUUUAAUAUAUUAUUAAGAUUUUUUCAUUUUAAUAACAAUGAAGAUGAAAAUUAUGAUGCAACUAAUGAAAACAGAGAUCGCCUUCACAAAGUACAACCAGUCAUAAACAUUCUACGUAACCGAUUCAAAAUUGUAUAUAAACCAGGAAAAAAUCUCAGUGUUGAUGAAUCGCUUGUCCUUUAUAAGGGUCGUUUACAUUUCUGUCAAUAUAUUAUAACCAAGCGUGCCUGUUUUGGUAUAAAGUUAUAUAAACUAGCAACUUCAAAAGGAACAACACUAGAUUUCUUUGUAUACUGUGGAAAAGGAAUGUUUGCUGAUGAUGAUAUGAUCAGCAAGAAUACCAUCUGUGCUGAUGGAACCUUUUAUUGGUCAAGGUCACACUCUUUAUACAGACAAUUAUUAGACUAG